AUGAGCUCAUUGAAGAAAGCAAGUCGCACAAAACCUUUAUCGCUAAGUCAGGAUGACUACAUCUACCCACGGGGAUCGCGAACCAGAAAAAACUUAAUGUCAGAGAAGAUUGAAGAAACUCAAGCAUUUCUCAAAUACCUCGAUGAUAAUAUUGUUGGGAAAGGAGUUUUAUUCUUCGGCCCGUAUGGACGACGAAAAGGUGAGUGA